AUGCUGGAUAGUAGCCAAGGGGACCAGUUUCACUAUUAUCAGCCGGGGAUAGGUACCUAUGUCUCUUCUGCAACCUUCUCGGACACCGGAUUUUACUCCAGAGUGAAGUCUGCCAUACUCAAGGCUAAAGAUUCGGCCGUUGGCAGCUCGUUUGCCGACCAUGUAAUGGCUGGCUACCGGUUCCUUAUGCGGUACUACGCGCCAGGAGAUAACAUGUAUUUCUUUGGAUUUAGUAGAGGCGCGUACAUUGCCAGGUUCCUUGCAGAGAUGAUUGACUAUGUUGGCCUUCUAACCGCCGGGAACGAGGAGCUGGUGCGCUUUGCCUGGAAAAAUUAUGCCAAAUGGCAGCAAAGGGAUGGAAAGGGAGAUGAAUACCAUGACGAGAAGCUGAAAAUGUAUAACUAUAUGAAAGCGUUUCGCGAAACGUUCAGUCGACCGGUAAACCCUGUACGAUUCAUUGGUAUCUUCGACACCGUCAACAGCGUCCCCAGGUUCGAAUCAGCUUGGAUGCAGAGAAGCAAGUUCCCAUACACUGCGAAGACAUCUGCCAGAGUCAUCCGGCAUGCUGUGGGUAUCGACGAGAGACGGGCAAAAUUCCGACAAGAUCUGAUUUCACAAAUGAGGGAUAUGCAUUCGAAACAUGGCCAUCACCAUAUUCCUCAUAUCCCUCAUCAUGGUCGCAAGUCUGUCUUCGGGAAGUGGGAUCUUCGCAAGUUGAUUAGGGGCAAAAACAAGAAUAAUAUCCCAAAUGUUGUUAUCAACAGUCCUGAGGCAAACGAGAAGAGUACCAACGGCACUGGAGAUAACGGAGUCACGAAUGGGAAGCCUAAUACCUUGAGUGCCGAAAAAGCCCGCAAAGUACCCAGUGGUGCCAGAUUCAGGCCACCAUCCCCAGCUCCUGAGACUUGCCUCGCAGUACCCAAUCUCUCUGUGCCAGGGGCUCAGCAGGGGGACGACGCUAUCUCAAUAGUAGAGAGCUGUCAUUCUAAGGUAUCGAUGCCAGUUCCAGGUCUAGAGAACGGGAAUGAGGAGCAGGAUAUCCAAGAGGUUUGGUUCCCUGGCGGCCAUGCAGAUAUCGGCGGAGGAUGGGAGCUUGCUAAAGGGGAGCUCUGGCAGCUCAGCCAUGCUCCUUUAGUUUGGAUGGUCCAUGAAGCACAGGCAGCAGGGCUGCGAUUCAGCCCUCGCGCGCUGAAGCAAUUUGAAUGUGAUGAAUCGUACUCGGGUGAAGUCACGCCCGUGGAACGCUCAUCUUUCCAGUUCGAUGACUAUGAAGAGCUGCAAAAGAAAUGUGUUCUCGAAGCAGGGUUGCUUGAGGAGGUGUCAGAUGCUGAGGCGGUCAGAAAUUCAUCUCGAAAAGUAACCGCAUCUGAAUCCUUCCGGGCUGCUCUGCAUCUCUCCAGCACUCAGGGUCAAAUCCAUGACUGCUUGUCAUACAACAUGGGAGUCCCCAAGCUUUCAGUAACCCUUUGGUCAAUGAUGGAAUACCUCCCAUUCAGGCGAAUGGAUCUUCAAGCCGAUGGAUCGUGGAAACCUAUCCGUUGGCCAUUACCUCGGGGUGAAGUCCGUGAUAUUCCUGACGAUGCCCAGAUCCAUGUGAGUGCCAUACGCAGGCUGAAAGCUCGAGACGACUACAGGCCUGGAAAUCUCAUCUUGGGUGGAGGCGGCCGCGGGGUCAAGAGGUUACCCAAGGACCAUCACAUUGGCGAUUGGGACGUCCAUAGCAACGAAGGAUGCCCCAUUAGGGAGACCUAUAUUCGCCGGAAGGCUCCUAAGGAUGGAUCAGAACGGAAUGGAAAUAAGUGUAACGGAAACAAAGGGCACAGACAUUAA